CGAGAGAGAGAGAAAAAAGGGAGGGGAGUUUAAACUAAGUGCUAUGUUUUGGGACAGGCUAAUCUGCUAGCGAGCAGUGUGAGGAUCGGAGCGUAUUGUAUGAGCCAGUGUGCGUGGGACAGAUAAGGGAGCCAGCCAGCCCGACCCACCAACUGCCUGACUGCCUGUUUUAAUGUGCUGACUCUUGGGAGAUUUUAAAAAAAGAAAACAGCAUAUUGACUCUUUAGACGUUUGCGGAGACCCUGGGCAAAAACGCCACCACUACAGCUACAGCCAGCAGAGGUGCAUCAACAAACAGGAGGGGGAGAGAGAGAGAGAGAGAGAGAGAGAAAAAACAGAGAAGACUGAAAAAUCACAACUCCAAAAUCAGAAAAUUUAAGAGGAUUUUUGUAUCCCCCUCUUUUUUUCCCCAAUUGAUUUAAUUUUUCUUUUUUCUUUUCUGUGCUCCUGGUACUGACUCCCAACCGUAGAAAACGGGGAGCAAAGAACUGAAGAACAUUUAAAAUAAAAGGACAGAACGAAAAAAGCACUGAAGCUGAACAUGUUCGAAAUAAGCCGAACACUCAACGCCGCUUUGUUGAGCAAUGAGCAUCUCAAGAUGAUGGCGAGGUACGGGCAGCUCUCGGGACUGGCAGCCAGUGGCGUGGGCUCCGUCCCCGAGACGCACUCGUCGCUAUUUCCCAGGGAUCUCCUGUCAUCGCCAGCCCAGAUGGGCUACAGGUCACCCCUGGGGUCGACAGAGACACAGUGGCGUCAGGCAGAGCUCCCACAGCUCCAGGGCUGGGCAGAGAAGGGAUUGCUGACACAGCCAAAGAUGAUCAUCAGUAACAUGGAGGCUCCAGUGACAAACGGCCCCAGCGGAGGAGGCACCACAGCCAACGGGCCGACCACCAACAGCCGCAGCUGCCCCUCACCCAUGCAGACUGGUCCAACAAAUGACGACAGCAAGACCAACCUUAUUGUGAACUACCUGCCCCAGAAUAUGACCCAGGAGGAGUUUCGCAGCCUGUUUGGUAGCAUCGGUGAGAUCGAGUCCUGCAAGCUGGUUCGCGACAAGAUCACAGGGCAGAGUCUGGGCUAUGGAUUUGUCAACUACAUUGAUCCAAAGGACGCAGAGAAAGCCAUCAACACAUUAAAUGGACUCAGACUUCAGACCAAAACAAUCAAGGUGUCAUAUGCGCGACCCAGCUCAGCCUCUAUCCGUGAUGCCAACCUGUAUGUAAGUGGCCUGCCCAAGACUAUGACCCAGAAGGAAUUGGAACAGCUCUUCUCCCAGUACGGACGCAUCAUUACCUCCCGCAUCCUUGUUGACCAGGUCACAGGCCCCUCAGGUGGCUCCCGAGGUGUGGGCUUUAUUCGCUUUGAUAAGAGAAUAGAAGCUGAAGAGGCCAUCAAGGGCCUGAAUGGACAGAAGCCAUCAGGUGCCGCAGAGCCCAUCACGGUCAAAUUUGCCAACAACCCCAGCCAGAAGACCAGCCAAGCCCUUCUGUCACAACUCUACCAGUCCCCCAGUCGCCGAUACCCAGGCCCACUCCACCACCAGGCUCAGAGGUUCAGGCUGGACAAUUUGCUUAAUAUGGCCUAUGGCGUAAAGAGGUUUUCCCCCAUCACCAUUGACAGCAUGACCAGUCUGGUUGGCAUGAACAUCCCCGGGCACACAGGCACUGGUUGGUGCAUCUUUGUGUACAACCUGUCCCCAGAUUCUGAUGAGAGCGUGCUCUGGCAGCUGUUUGGGCCAUUUGGUGCCGUCAACAAUGUCAAGGUUAUCCGUGACUUCAACACCAACAAGUGCAAAGGCUUUGGUUUCGUCACCAUGACGAAUUACGACGAGGCGGCCAUGGCUAUUGCCAGUCUCAAUGGCUACAGGUUGGGUGACCGCGUGUUGCAAGUUUCCUUCAAGACUAACAAGACACACAAGUCCUAAACUUGAACAGGUAGAAGCCGUUGCUCCGCAACUUUGUCUGCUCCAAAAUAUUCCCCCCUAACCCCCCACCUCCACCCAUCCCUUAGCCCCUUCAGUCACUACCACUCUACAGCCAUCCAACACAGCAAACUCCAGCCCCAACCGGAUCACAAAGCAACCAACAAACCAUCAAACAAAUUGAACUAGAAAUGGCUUAUAUUAUAACUUUGGACCUAUAAGCCAAUGUUGCCUAAGUAUUACAAAAAUGAAUUGAAAAUGUUCAUGAGUUUUUGGAGGUCUUGUGAUAAUGCAGGCUUCUCUUUCUUGUAUAUUCUGUUUGUUGUGGUUGUUGAAAUGAUUUUUCUCUUCUGUGUAAACAGUAGCAAAUCCCUGUAUCCCCUUAUUUCAGAGAAGAGAAAGUCCUUUUUAAAUUGAAACCUUUUCUCUGUCUUAAUUCAGGAUUUGUUUUUCUUUUUAAAUCCGGAUCCACUGUCGAUAAUAUACGGUAUACCUCCCUGAAAGGGAGGGGGCUCUUUUUUUAAAUUGGUGAACCAUUCAUUCAUUUUUAGCAUGUAUUGAAAACUUCCCCUUAUUGAUGGGAUUGCACAAUCCCAGUAACUCUGAUGUAGAAAAAAAAAGAAUUUCUAACAUUGCUUUUGUUUUGUAUUGCAAACAAAACAAUGUCUUUCCUCACAGGGUUUCAGGAAGAUGGGGCGAGGGAGGGGAUGGGUUAGCUUUCCUGAUGACACGUUCAGUAAUUUAAGAAAAAAAAAAUAACACUGUUGCCAAAGAGAAGAUCUCUUUGCUUGGGAAAAAUAAUGCGUUUAGAAAAAGAUAAAAAUAAAGACAAGAGAAGAUCUAUUUUUAUAAAUGAUAAUUAAAAUAAUUAUUGAAGAAUUUUUACAAGAAUCUGGAUUUGAAAAAAGAAAAAAAUAUUUUGACUGGCUAACUGGGGGGGCCGGGGCGGGAGGGAGGGGGCACCACCUUGUCUUGUCGUUCUGCCGUGGUACUUUAUAGGAUCCAAGGUUGUUUGUUUUUGGGGAAUCCAAGUUGGCAGUGAUUUUGUAGAAGGAAGGUUUUGUGAAAAAGGACGCAAACUGCGGCAAGUGAUUUUCGUAAUUUUUCACAUAUGUACUAGUGCGUAAUUAUUCAACAGCGAUACCCAAAAGGGAAGGGAGAGGGGUCUUUCCGAGGCCUAACCAUCCUUACAGUCCAGAGCCCAAAGCAAGAAGACCCUUUGUCUACAUGUUAUUCUGAUUUUGUCAUCAGUCAAUACAGAAUAUCAGUAAAUAGAUAUACACAUUAUCCAUUUAGAAUACAUACUCGACAUUAUCUCUAUCAUUUUCUUCGCUCUGCAUUUGUGAACUUACAUUGAAAAGAACUUCCUUUUAGCGAUCAACAGUAGGUGCUAUACUACAUUAUUCACAUAUCUUAAAUAUCAAAGUUUGUUGUUCUAUGUGUUGUUUAAAAAAAUACUUCGAUGUUGAAUUGAGCUGCUGUUCUUUAAUAUUUGUUUAUUGUUGGCUCAGAAAUCUGGUCAGACUAUUUCUAUGCUAAAUAACCAGAGAAACAAUUUUGGGUCUUGUUAGAAUCACUGGACAAAUUUUUCUUCUUUUUUUUUUUUUGUUUUUUUUUUUUUUUUUUUUUUUUUUUUUUUUUUUUUUU